GUUUGUCCCUCGUGGCUCGCCGUGCAGUUCCUGUUUCCUGUCGGCAGUGGCUGCGUUCUCAUUGCGGAAUCAUGUCUAUGUCACAUCUGUACGGCAAAGAUGAAGACAGUGAUGGAGUGGAGAUGGAGAAUUUUGAGAUCACCGAUUGGGAUCUAGCCAAUGAGUUUAACCCCAACCGACGGCGGCACUUCCAAACAAAAGAAGAGACAACUUAUGGCAUAUGGGCAGAUAGGGACUCUGAUGAUGAGAGGCCUAGCUUUGGUGGAAAGAGAUCCAAAGACUAUUCUGCUCCAGUUAAUUUUAUCAGUGCUGGGAUCCGCAAACCGGCAGCGGAGGAGAAAUCUGGAAGUGAUUCAGAUGAGGAACCUCCGUCAAGAAGAGAUGAAUUGCCAAAGGAAUUUGAAACAAAGAAACUGAAAACGGGGGGAAAUUUUAAACCAUCACAGAAGAUUUUUGCUGGAGGAAUAAAGUCCAAUACAGAUUUUGGUUCUUGGGAGCGACACACCAAGGGGAUUGGCCAAAAGCUUUUGCAGAAAAUGGGUUAUAAACCUGGUAGAGGAUUGGGGAAGAAUGCUCAAGGUAUCAUUGCCCCUAUCGAGGCCAAACAGAGGAAAGGUAAAGGAGCUGUUGGAGCAUACGGGUCCGAGAGAACCAAGCAGUCGUUAAAGGAUUUCCCUACCGUGGAUUCAGAGGAAGAAGAAGAGAAGGAAUUUCAGAAAGAGUUGAGUCAAUGGAGGAAGGAUCCAAGUGGAGGCAAGAAAAAGCCUAAAUAUGCCUACAAGACAGUGGAAGAGCUAAAAGCCAAGGGCAGGGGAACUAAAUCAUUAUCUGCUCCUCAGAAGGAAAUAUCCCAAGUCAAGGUGAUUGAUAUGACCGGUCGGGAACAGAAGGUGUAUUACAGUUACAGCCAGAUUUCCCACAAACACAAUAUGCCAGAAGAUGGUUCUGUACCAGGUGUGAAGGAGGAGAAGCUCCAGGGCUUUGUUCUUCCAGAGCUGGAGCACAACCUGCAGCUGCUCAUAGACAUGACGGAGCAGGAGAUAAUCCAAAAUGACCGUCAGCUGCAGUAUGAGAAGGACAUGGUGAUCAACCUCGCUCACGAGUUGGACAAAUUGUCUGGGGUUCUUGAGCGAGAGGAGAAGGCCAUUUAUAACCUAAGCCAGGUGCUACAGACAGUGGAGGCUUGUGAGCAAAGGAUGCAACCAAAUUGUGAUAAUCCUUUGACGCUUGACGAGUGUGCUCGGAUCUUCGAGAUGCUCCAGGAAAAGUAUUAUGAGGAGUAUAAAAUGUCUGGGAGGGCAGACCUGGCUGUGGCCAUUGUCUACCCACUAAUGAAAGAGUUUUUCAAGGACUGGAACCCAUUGAAGGACCCCAUGUAUGGGAUGGACAUCAUGACGAAGUGGAAGAACCUGCUAGAGGAAGGCCACCUGUCGCAUAGUGCCCAAGAUGCAACCUUAGACCCUUAUCACAGGCUCCUUUGGGAAAUGUGGAUCCCCUUCUUGAGAAAUAUCAUCUCCCAGUGGCAGCCCCGGAACUGCCCUCCUAUGGUAGACUUCUUGGACAGCUGGGUGCACCUACUGCCUGUCUGGAUUCUGGAUAACAUCUUAGAUCAACUCAUAUUCCCUAAAUUACAGAAAGAGGUUGAGAAUUGGAACCCUCUGACAGACACCGUUCCCAUUCACUCAUGGAUUCACCCGUGGUUACCCUUGAUGCAGAACCGACUAGAGCCCCUCUUCUCUCCAAUCAGAAACAAACUAGCCAACGCUUUGCAGAAAUGGCAUCCCAGCGACUCAUCUGCUAAACUCAUUCUCCAGCCAUGGAGGGAUGUAUUCAGCCCAGGAUCAUGGGAAGCUUUUAUGGUGAAGAACAUUGUGCCUAAGUUAGGUUUGUGUAUAGGGGAGUUUAUUAUUAAUCCCCACCAGCAACACAUGGAUGUCUUUCACUGGCUGAUGGACUGGGAGGGAAUGAUAUCCCAAUCCAGCAUGGUGGGGAUCCUGGAGAAACAUUUCUUUCCAAAAUGGUUACAGGUCCUGUGCUCCUGGCUCAGUAACAGUCCAAACUAUGAAGAGAUCACCAAGUGGUACUUGGGUUGGAAGUCCAUGUUCUCAGACCAAAUAUUGUCCCACCCAGCAAUCAAAGACAAGUUUAACGAAGCUUUGGACAUCAUGAACCGAGCUGUUUCUUCUAAUGCUGGUGUGUACAUGCAACCAGGCGCCCGGGAGAGCAUUGCUUACUUGACGCAUACUGAAAGAAGGAAAGAUUUCCAGUACGAAGCCAUGCAGGAGCGCCGCGAGGCAGAGAGCAUUGCGCAGCGGUGCAUCGGAGCUGCUGCAGCAGCUGUACCAAUGAACUUCAAAGACCUAAUCCAAUCAAAGGCCGAGGAGCAUAACAUUGUGUUCAUGCCGCUGAUCGGCAAACGCCACGAGGGGAAACAGCUCUACAAUUUCAAUCGUAUUGUCAUCUACAUAGACCGAGGUGUUGUGUUUGUGCAGGGUGAAAAAACAUGGGUGCCCACCUCACUGCAGAGCCUCAUAGACAUGGCCAAGUAGCAUGAUACUCCCUGCUUCUCCUGGACGCUGCAUACAGCGGAUAUUGAUCUAUCUGGAUGGCACAGGGUGUAUUGUACAGCAGAACGAAUGCAACGUGUAAAACACUUGGGCACAGUGUCAGAUUCGAUAAAAGAAUCUUAUUAAAGCACCGUAGUGUAAGGAAUAAUAUGCCUGGUGUUUCCCAGAUUUCGUCCGGAUAUUGACAUUAUAUUGUAGUUGGAUUUCAUGCUCGACCGUAACUUACACACACGGUAUUCGGCAAGACUAGACUUGAUGUUCUGUGCAGAGACUAUUUUUUUUAUUUCUACAUCUGUUUAUUUGUACAUAUCCAAUGUGUAAUUUGUAAAAAUAGAGAUGGAUAUUUUGUUUGUAUUUUAAAUACGAUUGUUUCCUGCUUUAAAGAGACAGUAUUGCGUUAAAAUUAACAUGACAAGGCAAAAUGGAUUUCCACACCCCAAUUUUUGUAUGUAAAUAAUAAAAAUGUGAGAAAAAAAAACAUACUCGCCUCUGAGCAGGUCUCGCAAUAAAUGUUUGGGCUCUUUCCUUCUUUAGUGAUGUGUGCCGGAAGAGGGGACAUGCCAAGCAUGAUACG